CUGGCGUUUCAGUCAGUAUUUAGAGGUUGUAAAAGGUAAAUAUUCGAAUAAAUUGGCAGGUCUUUUUGGGAUUUUGAGCAACAUUGGAAGGAGCAGCUGUGUGUUUUCCGAGGCGGUCACAUUUCUUCAGCAUGUGAUGUGAGGAUGAUGCAAAAGGAGUUUGGAACAGGCUGAUGGAUGUGCAGAACCUUGUUUUCGUGCAGUUGUGGGUGAAAACACAGCAGCUGUGGAGCGAAGCUUCAGGCCUCUCCAGAUGUUUUCGGCUCCGCCGCUCCUCCCUCCUGUCCCGGACCAGACUUCUACUGAGCGAAAGGCUUCGUGAUCCCAACUCAAACUCUGUGACGACCAGUCUGGACGUCUGCUGAAAACCUCAAAGCCAAGAUGAUUUUUUUACACGUGGUACUUUUGAGUGCAAAUCUGAUUACUUUUGCUUGCAGUUCACACCAGUCCAGCUGUGACGAGGACUGUGCGGACAAGCCGGUCUUCACGCCGUCCCAGCUGGUGGUGGAGUACGGCGCCGCCGCCUCGGUCAGCUGCACGCCCUGCCAACACGGCUGCCGGCAGGACCAGGCCGGCAUGGACGCAUCUGCCGGAGAGACGGCGAGGAACGACACCGCCGUUCUGUGGACGGUCGACAGCGUGGCGGAGUUCAAUCUGUCUGCCACGUGCUUCUACGCAAAGGAUGAUGGGAGCCGGUGUUGCAGCCGUCUGCCUAUAACUGUGUACAAGCCUCCGACGCGAGUGUCGCUGAGCUUUAAGCAGGAGGAGUACUACAGCGGCUACGAGUCCAAAGUGCAGUGCAGCGUCGAGGACGUCGCUCCGAUCGGAAACGUCCAGCUGAUCUUCUACUCCUCAUUCCUGCCGGUCUUUCACCACCAGUUCAGCGACUCGUCCGUGAGCCCAGAGAGCGGGAGCUACACGUUGACGGUCCGGUCGCUGGAGGAAAGCGAUGGGUCGGGGUACUGGUGUGAAGCCAACCUCCGUCUGGGGCCUGAAGGGCCGGCCACCGUUCUGAAAUAUGCCUCUAAAAUCAGGAGGGAUCACCGCCCCCCACCCUUCAUAGUCCAAAGUUCAGGGGACCGGUAGAUUUGUGCAUCGUGGUUUUCGGUAUAAUUACAAAUAUGACAGAAGGAUAACUGAAAGUUGUCAUGUCAGUAACUUCUAUAUUCUUCAUGUAAAAAUACAACAACAGCAUCUUAACGCAUGCAGUUCAUUACACGACAUUAUGCCACGACUUUACUAAUCGUAUCAGUAUUACAUUGCUCGAUUCUCUUUUUCGCACCUUUCUUAUUCACUUUAUUUCAAUGUGUUCCUCGUGUUUCCAAGCGAAUUACCAUAUAAAUAAACUUCGU